GUCAGGCGGGAGCCCGGUUCCUACUCCAGGCCGGGGAGUUUCUUUGUCUGAGUUCCCGCCGCCCUCCCGCCCCAGGCGGCUGCCCCGGCUCUGCACUGGCCUCCAGCAGGCCCGGCCGCUGGCUCCGGUCAGUGGUCAGUGCUGCGGUUGGCGUCCAGGGACGUGCAGAGAAAACACAGAGACCUUCAUGAUAACGGGGCCUGUAGGCACCGAGGGUCCCUGGCCCCCCCUUAACUAGCUUUCGCUGAAGGCGAGGGCUGGGGUGGGCUGCGAGGGGCCCCAGGAAGGAGCAGGACCCAGGACUCUCGCACCCCUCACUGUUCAGACACCCCCCCCCAUAACCCCGCACCAGGCCCUGGGCGGGCUGGGCUGUCUGCCCCCCACCCCUGAGGGUAUGUAAGGGCCAGUGGGCCCCGGGAAGACGGGGCCUGUUACUGGGAACCCCAUUCCACCAGUGGCUGCGGGCAUCCUUGUAGCGCUGAUCCGCAGGUCACCUGAGAGCCAGGUGCUGUGUAUAUAACGGCGGCUCGCACCGGCCAGCUCGGCUCCAGCUUCCGGACCUGCGGGGCUGGCCGGCUCCUCGGCCCCGGGAGCCAUGCAGUGUCCCCGCUGCCAGUUCGUCUCCAAAGAGGAAGCUCCCAAUUUCUGCAGUAGCUGUGGGCAGAAGCUGCUCCCUGCAGGCCCCGCUGCAGCUCCUGCCGACAGCAGCCCCCAGGCGCCGCCCGUGCCGGAGGGCCACGUGGAGAGUGGGCGAGCACUGAAGGAUGGCGGCACCUCCUUGCCCCCGGGCUCAGGCGAGGAACGGGAAGGCCCAGACGACGCCGAGGGCCCCUGGAUGACCCAGCAAAAAAAAAGGAGGUCGAAGAAGAUGAAGAAGAACCAGAACACUGCGGGGGGCCAGGAGCCCCUGUCCCUCUCCGGGCCCUGUAGUCUGAAAUCACUAGUGAGCCUGGACCCAGCGCCACCUCAAAGCCAAGCUCAGCAGGGUGGGCCCUCCAGCCAGCCCCCAGGCACAGGCAGGAUGCCGCUGGAGGACGGGCGCCCCCUCGGGCACCCACCAGCUGGCCCUCUGCGGGGCCAGGUGUCUGGAGGAGUGGAGACAGCCAUGGAAGUGGAGCCUGGGAGCAGCCCAGCCGCCCCAAGUCACCCCACGGAGCCUGGGAGCAUCCUGGCCCCCCCGGGUCACCCCACAGAGCUGGGGAGCAGCCUGGCCCCCCCAAGUCACCCCACAGAGCCAGAGAGCAGCCCGGCCCCCACAGGUCACCCCACGGUGCUGGGGAGCAGCUCAGCUCCCCCAAGUCACCCCACAGAGCCAGGGAGCAACCCAGUCCCCCCAAGUCACCCCACAGAGCCUGGGAGCAGCCCGGCCCCGCCGGGUCACGCCGUGGAGCUGGGGAACAACCCGGUGCCCCCGGGUCACGCCACGGAGCCAGGGAGCAGCCCGGCCCCCCUGGGUCAGAUUCCCGGAGGUGCCCUCCAAGAAGGGAAGGCUCAGGCCCCACCUGACCACUCCGAGGGCAAAGGGCUCUCCCGGAAGGGGGUCGCCACUGAUGCCUCUGCUGGUGAAGCCCGUCCUGGGGGGAGAGGAGCUUCCCAGGACCUCCCGCUGCCUGAGCCGAAGGGGGGCAACUCUGCGCCCAGGAAAGAGCCACAGACCGCUGGGCAACAGGCCGGGAGCCCCGGUCCUGGGCCGGUUGUGGCAGCGCCAGCUGGCCCAGUGACAGAGGCUGUGAAAGGCGGGAAGAGCAAGACUCAGACAACGAAACAGCCUCCAGCAAGCGGCCCUGCUUCCCAAGAAACUAAGUGCAAGGACAAGGGGGCUGUUCCUGGAGAGAAGGCAGGUGGGAGGGAGAAACCCAAGCCAGAGGCCCCGAAGAGGCCAGAAGGGAGCCCCGUGACCCAUCCUGCUGCUGCGAAGAAGGAGCAAGGAAACCAGAGGGCGGCCACCCAGGACGCCGAGAAGAGCAUGCUGAGCCCCGAGCAAGGAGUCACCGUGUACUUCCAUGCCAUCAUCUCUAAACAUUUCAACUUCGACCCCCACCGCCAUGAAGUGGUCGUCAGGGGAGCAGAGCAGCUCGGGAAGGCCGCAUGGAGAGGGAACGUCUGCACGAUGUAUAGCACGCGGGACUUGGGCGACAGCGGGUUCCUGCUGGAAGGCAGCGCUGUCAUUCCCCGGCGGUGCCUGGACAAGCCCCUCCCUUACAAGUACGUGGUCGUGUACGAGCGGGGCCCCCACGAGUACGAGUUCAUCUACAAGGCCCAGGAGAAGCAGGGCGAGCACGUCAACCGCUGUCUGUGGCUGAAGCCGCAUCUCCUGCACGAGGAAGGCUGGCACCAGUACGACGACAUAAUCUGCAAGAGGGCUGCUGCUGGAACGUUUCAGAAGUUCAUGGAUUUCAUGACAGACGGUACCAGGAAGGACCUGGUGAAGGGGAAGAAGUUUGCUGCAGUGGUUAUGCUGGACCAAAUCUUCCAGACCCUGCGGCCCUGGAACGCCGUCACCAUCAAGAGCUUCUUCGCCAGGUUCUGGCAGUUCUACGACAAGGCCCGCGAGCCCAUGGUGUAUGAGGGCCGGGCCCAGACAUGGCACGCUCUGAAGUAUGGGGAGCAGGAGGUGAAGACACACCUGUGGGAGUAUCUGAAGGAGAAAAUGGCGCCGUUUCUGAGUGAGAACAGGGGCGCUCUGCCCGAAGACUUCCCGGUGACGAGCCCGCUGAGAAUGGGCCUGAUCGUCCUCUGCUUGCUGGACAUGGUCCAUAUACCCUUGGCGGAUGGCCACCUGUCCAUGCUGUGUCAGCUGCUGAGCCCCGGCGCCAUGGCCCCCAGCACCCUGCACGACGACCUGGCCACCCUCCUCGGGACGCCCUACAGGUGGCGGGAGCUCCUGGUCCACUUGUGCCAGCACUGCAUGGCCAGGCAGGUGGACUUGUGGGUGUGCGUCCUGCCCGUGCUGCACCUGUGUGCACAGCCGCCCCCGUGGGGCACGGCCACCAGCCUCCCGCCCGAGGACACCUGGGCGGCCCUCGAAGGGCUCCCCUUCGCGGAGUUCCGGGAAGACAGAUAUGAGAUGAAACUGCUGCUUCAGCUGAUGGAAGAAAGGCGGCACCUGCUGGGUGUGGACAGCGUCCUGUUCCAGUCCUGGUUCAGCCUGAUGCCGCUGCACGACCUGGUCCCCUACAUGGAGGAGGCCACGGAGCACCUGAGCCGCUUCCCCGCGCGGGUCCUGGACUGCCUGCUGGGCACCCACUACCGGCUCUGCGGGCUCCGGGGGGCCACCCUCUUGAACCACGAGACUAUCGAGAAGAUUCUGAGGAUGCUGCUGCACCUCCUGGACAUCUACGGGGGCCAGGUCCUCGAGGCGCCCCUGGGACAGUCCCACCUGACCCUGUGCCAGAAGUUCCACAAAACCGUCUGCAGCAUCACACGGGAGUACAAGAGUUUCGAGCUGCCCGCCCUGUCCGCGGAGCUCAUGUGCAGGAUCGCCUCCCUGGAGCCCCGCGCGGGCCCGGCAGCUGGGAGGGGAGAGGAAACUCGGGAGGAGAACUCAGGAGAAGCAAUCUUCCGGGAGACUCUGGAAGCCACCAGAGCGUGGCUCCGGAAAGUCUUCGUGCGGCGCAUGUGCAACGUCAGCUACUCCUUGUCAGCCUGGUUCUCCUGCGAGGAGGAGAUCAAGGUCUGGAGGCGGCUGGUGGAGAUGAACGUCCCCGCGGAGCUCGGCUGGAAAGAGGCCUUGCUGAGGGACAUGGAAGGGAGGAUCAAGCAGGAGCCGCCUCAUGUCCAGAUCACCAUGUUCUGCCACGUGCACCGCGCCACCACCCGCUCGGGAGACAGCGUGUCCAAGUGCUUUGAGAAAUGUGCCCUUGAGGCCGUGGGCAUGGUCUGCCAGUCUCAGGCCAGCGUGCUGGAGGGGCUCUCCGACUCCGACCUGAGGCACUUCGGCACGCUCGUGUCCGCCGUGGUCUCCCAGGCCUGGCCCCGGCGCCGCGGGGCCGCCGUGGACGACGAGGAGGAGGUCCUCGAGCACCUGCUCACGGGCCCGGACAUCAAGCACAUCUUCAAGUUGUGCGGAAGCGAUGAGAAAGUGCUGGCUGGCAUCACCGAGGAGAGCAGGAGGCUGCUGGACGUGGCUGACUCCGUGUUCACCAGAGUGGCCAGCGACCUCCACAGUGGGGCGGUGCGCGUGGGGCAGCUGGAGCUGAUCCUGAGGCGCCGGGGCCAGUUUCUCGACAUCUGGAAGAUAAAGAGAAGCAGCCUCCCGCCGCAGCGGGGGCAGUGUGAGAUGACGGACGUGCUGGCGGGCCGGAGCCGCGAGCUGUCGUUUCUCAGGACAGAGCAGAGUUACGUCGACAGUCUGCUGAAGACGUGCGGGAAGGUGCAGGACGUGCUCGAAGUGGAUUUUGGAGACAUUGAAAACAGACAUCUGGAAGACCUCGCGAGUCAAAGACUAAGUGACGUCAUGGCGGUGGGCGCGCCGGCCGCGUCCUCGGAGCCGCAGGGCACGCGGCUCUACAGCCUGAGCCCCCAGCUGCGGGAGAUGGCCCGCACUAUGCACCUGCUCCGGGACAGCCUCGUCUUCCAGGCCUUCUGGCGGGAGGAGGCGGUGGCACACGGCUCGCCCGGGGACGUGUCCACGAGGCCUGUUGUCCUGCUCGAGGAGGUCCAAGAGAACGUGUUUUCUCCUUGCUUCCGUUCCUUCAUGGAGGUGUACGAGAAUGUGGAGUCGGGAGAGGUCACCUUCGAGGACAUCGAUAACAUCUUCAAGGACUUUGUGGACAGAUACAACGACCUGACCCAUGAGCUCCAGCUCAUGUGCCGCCUGAGCGCCGGGGACCCGGGGGACUGGAUCCCAGAGCGUGUGCAGCAGAUCCAGGAAUACCACCGCCUGCACCUGGCGGCCGAGUCCGCCAGGGCCAUCUUGACGGUCAAAGAGAAUUUGGGCCUCACCGGUGACUUCAGCGUUCUCCAAAUGUUGUUAAACUUUACGGACAACUUCAAGGAGUUUUGCCAUGAAAAACUGGGCGGGAUCAGCCGGCAGCUUAUCAAGGCCAGGAAGCUCCUGCAGGACAUCUCCGGGGCCCGGCUCGAGUUCCUAGAGGAGCUGGCCAGGCGGCGGGAGUUCAUCUGCUGGGCCCAGAAGGCUCUCAGAGGCAUCACGGAGCUGAAGGUGUUCGUGGACCUGGCCUCCAUCUCGGCGGGCGAGAACGACAUGGACGUGGACCGCGUGGCCUGCUUCCACGACGCCGUGCAGGGCUGCGCCUCACUGCUCUACGACCUCCCCAUCACCGCCGGCUUCCACGAGUUCAUGGAGUGCCUGGGAGAGCUGUGGAAGGCUCUGGAAAACGACCAGCACCUGCCCAGUAAACUGCGGGACUCCGCCAGGAACCUGGAGUGGCUGCAGACGGUGAGGGAGAGCCACGGGUCCGUGGAGCUGUCCUCCCUGUCCCUGGCCACCACCAUCAAUAGCAAGGGCGUCUACGUGAUCCAGGCCCCCCCACGUGGCCAGAAGAUCUCCCCAGACGCGGUCCUGCACCUGCUGCUUCCCGAGAGCCACAGGGACCCCGGGCAGGAGCGGCGCUACUCCCUGGAGGAGCUGAAGGAGCUGCUCAACAAGCUCAUGCUGAUGUCCGGCAAGAGAGAGCGCAGCGCCACGGAAGUCGAGGCCUUCUCCGAGGUUUUCUGUGGUGUGCAGAACCUGGUGCAGGCCUUCAUCGACCUCUACUCGGCCGGGAACAUGCUGUUCAGGUCCUGGGCGGCCCGGGUGAUCUGCGCCCCCCAGGAGGGCUCCGUCAUCAUGGACUUCCACUUGGGGCCAGUGAAGCAGCUGGAGGGGCGCGGGCCACUGGCUGGCCUGCUGAUGGACGUCUGCAGGGAGCUGGAGGCCUUCCUGGCGCACUGGCAGGGCUCCGUGGCCCAGGCGCGGGCCGAGCACGUCUACCUGAACUACUACACGGCCGAACAGCUGGUGUACCUGAGCGUGGAGCUCGGGGAGGGGGUCCCCAGCAAGGCCGCCCUCACCAUGCUGUCCUUCCUCAAGGGCGGCUGCACCCCCAGGGAUGUGGCGGACGCCUGCAGGGGAGCCAAGAGCCAGGCCUCCAGGCAGCAGAGGCGGGAGCUGGGGGAGCUGCAGGCACUGGUGACCUCUGAGCCCAGCCUGGCGGGCAGGCUGAGGGUCUUCCUGGAGCAGUCUAUGCAGUGCAUGGGCACCUUCCUGCCCGCCUACCUGGACCUGGACAGCCUCGGCCGCUGCCUGGCUCGCCUGGCUGAGGCGGCCGGGCCUCCAGUGGAGCGACAGCUGCCCAAGGGCCUGCAGGGCGGCCAGCCCAACCUUGUGGUCUGCCCCCAGGCCGAGGUGCUGCCGGCCACCCUGGCCAUCUACAUGCAGAGCCCAGAGCAGCCGCUGCCCAGCUACGAUGAGGUGCUGCUCUGUGGCCCAGGCACCACGUUCGAGGAGGUGGCGCUGCUCCUGCGCCGCUGCCUGGCCCCUGGUGCCUGCGGCCGCCGGCUCUACAGCCUGCUAUUCGCCGACCGGCUCAGCUAUGAGGUGGGCUGCCAGGCCGAGGAGCUGCUCCGGCACCUGAGCUCCCGGCCCCACCGUGAGGACUACCAGCUGGUGCUGGUCUGCGACUCCGAGCGGGAGCACUGCGGUCUACCCUCCGCCUUCAGCCAGCACAAGGUCCUGGUCACGCCCCAGCAGCCCCUGGAGGCCGUCCAGGCCUACCUGCUGCUCCAUCUCCAGGCCCCGACUCAGGCCCCAGCGGCAGGGGCCGUGUUCCAAGACCAGGCGUGCGUCGGGAUCGUGGCCUCGGAGAGAGCGGGAGUUGGGAAGUCGCUCUACGUGAGGAGGCUGCAUGACAAGCUGAAGCGGCGGUUGAACAAGGUGGAUGUGCCUCUGAAGGUCAUUCGCCUGACUGACCCCCAGGUGGACGAGCAGCAGGUCCUGGACGCCCUGCUGCCCUUCCUGGACGCCCGCUAUCAGGGGCACCCCAUGAUCGUCCACCUGGACGUGACCUCCACGGUGCGCACCGGCGUCCCGGAGUUCCUGUUCAAGCUGCUCGUGCUGCGGCACUUGAUGGAUGCGAACGGGAAAAUGUGGCUCCGGAACCCGCGCCACUUAUACAUCGUUGAGAUCCUGGAGGGCGCCUCGGCGGUGCCAGAGAGGGCUGCGAGGCAGAGCGCACGUGUCCCCCAGUUCGGCAUCCUGGAGAUCUUCCCCAAAGUCACCUGCAGGCCCCCCAAAGAAGUGAUCAGCCUGGAGCUGAGCCCCACGCAGCGCCUCAGGGACCCGGGAAUGGACGAGCAGGAGUUCUGCAGCGAGACCUUCCAGCGGCCUUACCAGUACCUGAAGCGCUUCUAUCAGAAGCAGGACCUGGACAGCUUCCAGUACAAAGACGGCUCCGUGGAGGACACCCCCGGGGAGUGCCUGCAGCUUCUGCUCAUCUACUGCGGGGUCCUCGACCCGUCCUGGUUGGAGAUGCGCAACUUCGCGGGCUUCCUCAACUACCAGCUCCGGGAUUGCGAGGCCUCCCUCUUCUGCCAGGCCAGUGCCACAGGAGACGUGCUCAGCGGCUUCAAGACCUUCGUGGUCACCUUCAUGAUAUGCAUGGCCAGGGACUUUGCCACCCCGACCCUGCACAUGUCCGACCAGAGCCCUGGGCAGCCCACGGUCAGCAUGCGUGGGGUCCGGGAGGAAGAUCUGGCCCCUUUCUCGCUCCGCAAGAGGUGGGAGUCGGAACCUCACCCCUACGUGUUCUUCAACGAUGACCACACGACCAUGACCUUCAUAGGCUUCCACCUGCAGCCCAACCAGCAGGGUGGUGUGGACGCUGUGGACCCCGCACACGGGGAGGUGAUCAAGAGGAACGUGAUGACCAGCAGGCUGUGCCGUGACCUCCAGUGGCAGCGCGUGCCCUUCAACAUCAACUUUGACGAGCUGCCCCGGCACGAGAAGCUCGAGCGGCUUUGCCUGGCCCUGGGGGUGCAGUGGCCCUUCGACCCCGAUGACACAUAUGAGCUGACCACGGACAACAUGCUGAAGAUCCUGGCCAUUGAGAUGCGCUUCCGCUGCGGCAUCCCCGUGGUCAUCAUGGGGGAGACGGGCUGCGGCAAGACCCGGCUCGUCCGCUUCCUCAGCGAGCUGCGGCGGGGGAGCGCCGAUGCCCAGACCCUGCUGCUGGUCAAGGUCCACGGAGGGACCACGGCGGACAUGAUCUAUGCCAAGGUCAGGGAGGCACAGGAGCUGGCACUCUUCAAUAGGGACCAGCACCAGCUGGACACCAUCCUGUUCCUGGACGAGGCCAACACCACGGAGGCCAUAAGCUGCAUCAAGGAGGUGCUGUGCGAUCGGACGGUGGACGGCCAGCCCCUGGUCGAGGACUCCGGCCUGCACAUCGUGGCCGCCUGCAACCCAUACCGCAAGCACUCCCAGGAGAUGAUCUGCCGGCUGGAGGCGGCUGGCUUGGGGUACAGGGUCCGUGCGGAGGAGACGGCCGACAGGCUGGGCACCAUUCCCCUGAGGCAGCUGGUGUACCGCGUGCACGCCCUCCCCCCCAGCCUGGUGCCCCUGGUGUGGGACUUUGGGCAGCUGGACGCCGCGGUGGAGAAACGCUAUAUCCAGCAGAUCGUGCAGAGGCUGGUGGGCCCCCUGGGGCUGGCCGCGGACAGGGUGCACGUGGUCGCGGAGGUGUUGGCUGCCUCGCAGGCCUUCAUGCGGGCCAGCGAGGGUGAGUGCAGCUUUGUCAGCCUCCGGGACGUGGAGCGCUGCACCAGGGUGUUCCGCUGGUUCUACGACCACAGCCCCAUGCUGCUGGGGCAGCUGCGGGCCUUCCUGGGUGUGGCGGACGCCCACCAACCCGAGCGAGACCCCGCACUCUGGUCCCUUGUGCUGGCCAUCGGGGUGUGCUACCACGCCCCUCUGGAAGACAAGGAGCAGUACCGGGCGGCCGUGUGCGGCUUCUUCCCCGCGCCGUUCAACGACGCCAAGGCCAUUCUGGAGGAGAUCACGCUGGUCCAGGACCUGUUCCUGGCGGGCGUGUCCCUGAGGAAAGCCAUCGCCAGGAACUCGGCCUUGAAGGAGAACGUCUUCAUGAUGGUCAUCUGCAUCGAGCUCAAGAUCCCGCUCUUCGUGGUGGGGAAGCCUGGCAGCUCCAAGUCGCUGGCCAAGACCAUUGUGGCCGACGCCAUGCAAGGCCAGGCUGCGCACUCGGAGCUCUUCCGGCACCUGAAGCAGGUGCACCUGGUGUCCUUCCAGUGCAGCCCGCACUCCACCCCGCAGGGCAUCAUCGGCACCUUCCGGCAGUGCGCGCGCUUCCAGCAGGCCAAGGACCUGCAGCAGUACGUGUCCGUGGUGGUGCUGGACGAGGUUGGGCUGGCUGAGGACUCGCCCAAGAUGCCCCUGAAGACGCUGCACCCGCUGCUGGAGGACGGCUGCAUUGAGGACGCCCCUGCCCCCCACAAGAAGGUGGGCUUCGUGGGCAUCUCCAACUGGGCUCUGGACCCCGCCAAGAUGAACCGGGGCAUCUUCGUGUCCCGCAGCACCCCCAACCAGCGGGAGCUCGUGGAGAGCGCCAGUGGCAUCUGCUCCUCCGAGCCCCUGGUGCAGAAGAGGGUGCAGGGCUACUUCGCGCCCUUCGCCAGGGCCUAUGAGGACGUGCUCCGGUGCCAGAGCAAGGAGUUCUUCGGGCUCCGGGACUUCUACAGCCUCAUCAAGAUGGUCUUCGCCACAGCGAGGGUGUCCAGCCGCGAGCCCUCCCCCCGGGACAUCACCGGGGCCAUCCUUCGGAACUUCAGCGGCAAGGACGAUGUGCACGCCCUGGACAUCUUCGCCGCCCACCUGCCCGAGGCCAGGUGCUUGGGAGAGGUCAGCACCAUGCAGCUGAUCGAGCAGAACCUGCUGGGCAACAGGUCGGCGCUGCCGGACGGCGAGCUGGACGGGGCCGAGUCCCGCUACCUGCUGGUGCUGACCAGGAACUACGUGGCUCUGCAGAUCCUGCAGCAGACGCUCUUCAGCAAGGGCCAGCAGCCGGAGAUCAUUUUCGGCUCCAGCUUCCCCAGAGACCAAGAGUACACCCAGGUCUGCCGGGACAUCAACCGGGUGAAGGUCUGCAUGGAGACGGGCAGGAUGGCGGUGCUGCUCAACCUGCAGAGCCUGUACGAGAGCCUCUACGAUGCCCUCAACCAGUACUACGUCUAUCUGGGGGGGCAGAAGUAUGUGGACCUGGGCCUGGGCACCCACCGGGUCAAGUGCCGUGUGCACCCCGACUUCCGCCUGGUGGUCAUCGAGGACAAGGACGUGGUCUACCGGCACUUCCCUGUGCCCCUCAUCAACCGGCUGGAGAAGCACUACCUGGACAUCGACACGGUGCUGGAGGCCCCACAGCGGGCGGUGGCCGAAGAGCUGCGGCGCUGGGUUGAGCGAUUCGUGGCCGUGGAGCCGGGCCCCUUCCAGGCCAGGCCCACGUACAGCCCGGCUGACGUGUUUGUGGGCUUCCACGCCGACGCCUGCGCCUCCGUGGUGCUGCAGGUGGCUGAGCGCUUGGGCCGCGGCCCCCCAGUGGACGACCUCUUCUCCACGGUGUUGGAGGAGGCCAAGCUGGCCCUGCUGGACUGCGCCACGCCCGACGCCAUGGUCCGGCUGCGGGGCUGUGCCCUGGACAGCUUCACGGCGCAGGCUCUGGCGCGCACCUACUACAAGGAGCAGCAGCACGACUCCUUCGCGGACUUCCUGGGCGCCCAUGUGGGCGCCGCGGACUGGGGCCAGCACGCCGUCUUCACGGAGGUCACCACUUUCUCCCGCCUGCUGACCAACCAGGACUGUGAGACCCUGGAGGCGGAGGUGAAGGGCAGGGCCCUGAGGCCCAUGAUCCUGUUCCUGCAGAAGUUCGACACCGAGGUCUCCUUCCUCAAGAAAGUCCGGAGCUGCCUGACGGGCGCCGCCGGGAGCAAGAUCCUCAUCAUCCAGACGGACUUCGAGGACAGUCCUCGCAGCGCGCAGCUCGUCGCCUCGGCCAAGUAUUCGACCAUCAACGAGGUCAACAAGCUGCCGAGAAGCCAGGACUGUGUCUUUGUCUACUUCAUCGCAAAAUUGCCCCGGCUGGGGAGCGGCUCGGGCUACGUGGGCUUCCACGGAGGGCUUUGGCGGGCCGUGCACAUCGACGACCUGCGGCGGUCCCCUGUCAUGGACUCGGACGUGACGCGGCUGCAGAAUGUGGCCAUCAGCCAGCUGUUCAGGCCAGACGAAACACACACACCGGAGACGGGCCCCGGGGCAGGAGGCGUGGAGGAGCCCAUGGAGGUGGAGGCAGAGCAUCCUGAGGCCGAGCAGGGCGGAUGCCACGCACAGGUGCUGGACACCACCAGCCUGCUGAGGAGCUGCAUCCAGGGCGCCGUGGGGCUGCUCCGAGACCAGCGGGAGGGUGCCUGGCGCAGCGUGCGGCGUGUGGAGCUGCUCCUGGGCCUCCUGAAUGAAGACAGCCCAGCUGCAGCCGCUUUCCUGCGGGUGGUCAAGAUGCGCCUCUGUGACCUGCUACGGCGGCAGGAGGAGCAGCACCUGCGCCAGAUGCAGGAGUGGGUGGUCAGGGCCGCCUGGAACCAGGACGCCCUCCAGGAGGCCGGCACCUUCAGGCACACCCUGUGGCGGCGCAUCCAGGCCACCGUGACCCCCCUGCUUGCCAGCCUCGUGGCCACCGUCGACCGGGACGACAACCUGGAGCUGCUGGCCAGGCCGGGGUCACCCCGCUGGGUGGGGCAGCUCUGGAUGCUUGUGUUCAGCGACACGAAGCUCCUGGACAUCCCCCUGGUGACAGGCGCCACGCGGCCCGGAGGCGAGGCGUCCCCCGUGGUGGUGCAGAGCUUCAUGAGCCGGCCGCAGCAUGUCUCCUGCGACGUCCCUUUCAGCUGGAGGAUCAGGGACUACCUGGAGGAGCUGAGCAUGCAAGCCCAGUACACCACCGGCCCCGAAGGGCUGCCCAGGAAGCUAGUGGAGAUCUUCCAGCAGACCCCACUGGGCGGCUUCCUGGCCCAGCUCCCGGAGCAGGAGCGGCAAGAGCUUCUGGAGUCCUACCUGAAGGACUUCCUCCUCCUGACCAUGCGCGUGUCCACCUGGGAAGAAUUGCAGUUUCUGCACAUGGCUCUGUGGUCCUGCAUCCGUGAGCUGUGGGCAGAGAGGCCCGAGGAGGACCUGUCCUUGCCGUGGGUCCACCUCGCCUACCAGCAUUUCCGGAGCCGCCUGCACAACUUCCUCAGAAUCCUGACCGUCCACCCCCAAGUCCUGGGCAGGCUACAGGAGGGUGUCCGGAAGCACCCCUUGACUGAACGUGAGAUGGCUCUGGACGCAUUUGCAGCGCUGGCCUGUGCUGAGAUGCUGACCACGGACUUGCUGAAGCCCAGCCCCCAGGCGUGGCUGCAGGCAGUGAAGAGCCUCUCCGUGCCCCUGGAGCUGCUCUGCUCGGACGCGCACACGGGCAGUGCCGGGCCCUUGACCCACAAGGUCAUCCAGGAAGUCAGGGUCCAGUGGAACCGCGUCUUCUCCAUCUCUCUCUUUGUGGAGCACGUUCUCCUGGGUACCCUGAACCAGAUCCCCGAGCUGGGCCAGCUGGUGACCAGGCACGUCUCCCUACUCAGCAAGUGUCUGCAGGAGGACUCAGAUGUCAAGACCCACAGGCCCUUCCUGGCGGUGAUGAACGUGCUCCGGGGCUGCAAGGAUGAGGCCAGCAGGGCCCUGUCCAGGUGUGGGGUGCGGCCAUGCCCCGUGUGCCUGGGAGACACACAGGACCCCGUCCGCCUGCCCUGUGACCACGUCUUCUGCCUGCGCUGCAUCCAGGGCUGGCUCACCCCCGGGCAGAUGAUGUGCCCCUUGUGCCGGACCGACCUGCCCGAUGGCUUCUCGCCACGGGCUUCCAAGGAGCACAGGGUGGCCGUGCAGAAGCACGCGCGCUUCCGCCAGCUGUGCGAUGGCUUCUUCCUGGACCUGGUGUCGGCCGUGUGCUUCAAGGACAGCGCCCCGCCGCAGAGCAGCGUGGUCCGGGAGCUGCUGGCCCUGCUCUUCGCGCGGAAGGAGCUUGUCAAGGACACCCCGCAGCGGCACCGCGAGCACACCAAGUGCCUCUCCCCAUUCGACGACGUCGUGGACAAGAGCCCCGUGAUCCGCUCCGUGGUCCUGAAGCUGCUGCUGCAGUACAGCUUCCAUGAAGUGCGGGAGUAUAUCCAGGACUACUUGUCCAUGUUGGAGGAGAAAGCCUUCGUGAUGGAAGAUAAAACGGACCUGUACAUGCUGUUUUGCAACUGCCUGGAGGACUCCCUGCACGAGAAGGCGAGCGCUCUGUCCCCCGGCGACCGGCGGGCGUUCCUCCGCGAGGAGACGCACUUCCUCACCACGUACGUGCCCGCCCGAGACGGCCCCACAGCCACCGUCGACCACCUGCAGGAGGUGGCCCGCAUCCGCCUGUGUCUGGACAGGGCUGCCGACUGCCUGGCCGAGCUGCAGGACGGCUCCGCGCUGGCCGAGGAGCAGCGGCACUACCUGCGGCAGGUGGAGCGCUUCUGCGCGCGGGCGGACAACGGCUGGUUCCAGGUGUACCUGGUGCGGAAGCUCAGCAGCCAGGGCGGCAUGGAGUUCGCGCAGCGUCUCUCCAGGGAGGGCAGCCCGGCCCAGUGGGUGUUUCCCCGGGAAGUGCUGGCGCAGCAGAGGGAUCACCCCAGCCAGAUGGACCGGUACCUGGUGUACGGGGAGGAGUACAAGACCCUGCGUGAAGCCGUGGGCCAGACCAUCCUCAAGUGCAAGCCCGCCGAGGUCGCGCUGGAGGCCCUCGGGGGCGCAGAGCCUCAGCGCGCCGUCCACUUGCUGCUGGCCCUCUUCAGAGAGGUCUCCACCCUGUACAGGUCCCCCAACGCCAGCCUCCACCCCAAGCCAGAGCAAUGCGAAGCCGUGAACAAGCUGAUCGACGAGGGCCCGAGUCUGCCUUCUCCCGACGUCCGGCAGUUUGCCAAGUCCCUGGUGACCAACUCGCUCCCGCUGCUGGGGAUGGACCUGGGUCGGGGCGGCCUGGAGGGCACCAUGAGCGAGCUGGCCGUCCACACCGCCGCCGUGCUCCUGUGUGGGCAGAGCGCCGUCCUGCAGCCCCUGAGGAGCCUGGCCUUCUCCCCGGCCAGCAUGGAGAGGUCUUUUCUCCCCACGAUGCCUGAGGACCUGAUGGCUCAAGCCAGGACCUGGAAGGGCCUGGAAGGAGUCCGCUGGUACACGUGUCCCAAUGGUCACCCAUGCUCCGUGGGAGAGUGCGGCAUGCCCAUGGAGCACAGCGUGUGCGUGGACUGUGGCGCGCCCGUCGGCGGGGAGCAGCAUAAGCCCGUGGCUGGAUUCCAUGUCAUCACAAAUGAAGCCGACCGGACUCAGACGGGCCAUGUGCUGGGGCGGCCGCCUGCGCGGGGCGAGGCAGUGGCGUGUGACCGAGGCCUGUCCCCGGUGGCCCUGGUGCUGCUCCAGCUGCUCACCCACCUGGCGAUGCUUCUGGGGGCGGCCCAGUGGCCCCAGGCUCUGAGGAACAUCAUCAAGCCCCGGGUGAGCGACCCUGCAAGCUUCCUGCAGCUGCACAUCCAGAGGAACCUGGAACAGCUGACCACCAUGCUGGCCAAGAGCGCCGACGAGGCGGCCAGCGUGGUCCACCUGGUGCUGCGACGCCUGCUCUCCGACCAGAGCCCUUUCCAUUCCGAUCCACAACUGCUGACCAAGGAAGUGAGAAACGAGUGGGAAAAGCUGGUCGAGAAACUUCUCCUCCCUGAGCUGAAGCAACUGGACCACUCCCUCCUGACGGUGCACACCCGGAUCAGCCAGGACGAGCGGAUCAGCUCCAACCCCGUGGCCAAGAUCAUCUUCGGAGACCCGGCGUCCUUCCUGCCCCGCCUGCCGCGGCACGGCCCGCUGCACUGCUCCAGGGCGUGGGGCUGCCGGAGGAGGCUGACCCUGGAGCACCUCCGGCAUGUGGUGGAGCAGAGGCGCGGCCGGGACAGCGUGCCCGUGCUCUGGCGGUUCCUGCAGAAGGAAGCAGAACUGAGGCUGGUGAAAUUCUUGCCUGAGAUUUUGGCCCUGCAGCGGAGUCUAGUGAAACGGUUCCAGAACGUUCCAGAAGUGGAAUACAACUCCCUCCGAGGUUUUAUCAACAGCCAGCACUCAGAGGGGCUGAGGCAGCAGUACCUUGGCAGGAUCAACACCUUCCUGGCCACGUGGAACAGGCUGCGGAGGUCGCUGGAGACCCACGGGGAGAUCAAGCUGCCUAAAGAGUACUGCAGCGCCGACCUGGACCUGGACAGUGCAUUCGAGGUCGUCCUGCCACGCCGCCAGGGCCUGGGCCUCUGCUCCACCGCCUUAGCCAGCUACCUGAUGAGCUUGCACAACGAGAUGGUCUAUGCCGUGGAGAAGUUCUCCCCGGAAAACGGCAGCUAUUCCGUGGACGCCCCCGACAUCACCGACCUGCACGUCAUCAGCUACGAGGUGGAGCGGGACCUGGCCCCCCUCAUCUUCUCCAACUGCCAGUACCAGGUGGCACAGGACGGGGAGACCGAGCAGGACUUUGACCUGGAGAAGAUCCAGCGCCAGGUCACCAGCCGCUUCCUCCAGGGCAAGCCCAGGCUCACCCUCAAGGGAAUCCCCACCCUGGUGUACCGGCGGGACUGGAACUACGAGCACCUCUUUGCGGACAUCAGGAGCAAAGUGGAGCAGGAGCCCCUGCCCAGGGCGGUGGCCAGCGCGCUCGGGGGGCAGCUGCAGUCCUACAGCGACGCCUGCGAGGCCCUGUCUGCGCUGGAGGUUGCGCUCAAGUUCCUGAGCACGGGCAGCGGGGAUGCGAACAUGGCCCUGAACACGUACGUGCAGGACAUGCUGCGCAUGGAGGACCAGACGGUGCUGGUGCUGACGGCCCUGAGCAAGUGUCAGCUGCGCCACGCCGUGGCCCUCUGGCAGUUCCUGUCUGCACACAAGUCUGAGCAGCAGCUGCGCCUGAGGAAGGAGCCGUUCGCAGACAUCAGCGACGCCUAUAAAGACGAACUCAGCCCGGAGGACACGAAGCGCCUCCGCGCGUUCCUGAACCAGACCGACCUGGACGCCUUCCUCCUGGAGCUGCACGAGCUGAUGGUCCUGAAGCUGAAGGGCCCCCGCGCCCCGGCCGACUUCAACCCCAAGUGGAGUCUGCGGGACACGCUGCUGAGUUACCUGGACACCAAAGAGUGUGAGGCCCCCCCCGGGGUGGAGUCGCAGUUCCCGGAAGAGCUCCCCCUCUCCAGCUGCGUGUGCGUGUGGAAGACGGCCGCCGAGCUGAAGCGGGACUGGCAGAUGAGAUAGGCGGUGCCCAGCGGCCUCUGCGCGCCCUGGCGCCCGUCCGGACCGGCGCCGUGGCGGGCUCCCGGAGGGACGCCCUUGGCCCAGCACUGACCACAGGGCCGUGGACACUCUCCGAGAGUCUCGCCGACUGCAGGACGUUCCCGGCACCCUCGACCGUGUGUGUCGAGAGGCGAUGACCACAGGCACCGCCGUCGUCCUGGCCAGCCAGGGCUGCCUGGAAACCGCCCGGCCCCGCGGGCCUGUGCCUGGGCCUCAGCCGCCGCCUCCUCGUCCUCCCACCUUGACGUGGUGGGGACGGAACACGGGUUCACCGAUUUUGUCUUUUUGUCUUAUUCUGCACUCAGAGAAGAGAAUGUGGCCUUCUGCUUUCUUUCACUCCUUUAAAUUCUGAAUGUUUUACAAAGAUUUCUAGGUUUGUAAGAUGUGAAAAAGUGCCUCUCUUUUUUGCCUUCCCCCUAAUACUCUGCAAGUGCCUUUCGCCCAAGCGAUGCCCCUUCCCGACUCACUGCCAGCCUCGGGGAGGCUCAGAAAGUUGUUCUCAGGAGCACCGGGCGGAGCGGCCCCUGCUGUCUUACUUACCUCAUCUAUGCAGUGAGACGGCUGGGUUGAUGGCAGUUCCUGUCCGCAGCGGACAGCCUUCGACGGGGGCCCAAGGUGCCAGGGGCGUGGGCAUCUCCACGACAGGGCUCUGAGCGACCAGCCGCCGAGGGAGCCGGGACGUGCUCCGUGCGGUGUUUCCCCGACGUGAAGCCAGCGCCUCCUUUUUGGGGUCUCAGCCAAGGCACAAAACCAGAUGCAACAGAACAGAAAACCAGUGACGUCCUGAAGAAAAGAGGCUCCUGGCCCCGGCUUUGGGCUUCUUUUCUCAUAAACAUGUUGAAUCUUUUUUUUUUUUUAAAUCAAAAUUCCCUUGGGCACUGAGCACCUCUCUGGGCUGUUCCCGCCCCCUCCAGGGUAGCUCAGCUCCCGUUAGCACUGAGAAGACAACUGUUUACAGGCAGAGGCCACCUGCCUGUCACACACAUUCUAGAUGGGUUAACGAGCCCAUCGAGUUGAAGUCGGGCCGCGGGUGGGAGCUCCAGAAACAGCAAGUGCUCGCCGAGCCCCAGGGGCCCGCGGUGGGGCUGCCGAGGCAGCGGCUGCCUCCCUCUGCCCCUUCCCGGCGGUCCAGCCCUCCCACUGCUCCCGGACGCCUUGGCUACCUCAGCCCUGGAGCGGAGCCGCCCGGCCGGCGCGUCUGCUCUGCCCCGCGUGUCCGCAGAUGCCCCAGCACAGCACAAGCAACCGCACGCCUCGUUGUACGUGUCCGCCUGUCUUAAUAAACGAGUUUUGCU